UCCUGUCAUGUCCUGGAUCUGUCCACGCAAAUUCAUCGGCGAAAAACUGUUCAGCCACUGGAGACGUCUGUCAGGAAGGAGUGGUACUGCCCGUGUGGAACCCUCAGAACCCCUCUGUGGGCGACAAAGUAGCACGGGCCAUUGUUUACUUCGUAGCACUCAUCUACAUGUUCCUGGGCAUGAGCAUUAUAGCAGACCGAUUCAUGUCUUCUAUAGAGGUCAUAACCUCCCAGGAGAAGGAGAUCACCAUAAAGAAGCCGAAUGGUGAGACCACCACGGCCACGGUCAGAAUCUGGAACGAGACUGUUUCUAAUCUCACUCUAAUGGCCUUGGGUUCUAGUGCCCCAGAGAUACUGCUGUCUGUUAUUGAGGUGUGCGGGCACAAUUUCGAGGCUGGCUCUCUGGGUCCCAGCACCAUCGUGGGCAGCGCUGCCUUCAACAUGUUCGUCAUCAUCGCCCUGUGUGUGUACGUGGUGCCCGAUGGAGAGACGCGUAAAAUCAAACACCUUCGGGUGUUUUUCGUCACGGCAGCGUGGAGUAUCUUUGCCUACAUCUGGCUCUACUUAAUUCUGAGUGUCUUCUCGCCUGGAGAGGUGGAGGUAUGGGAGGCUGUGCUGACCUUCCUCUGCUUCCCCCUCUGCGUGGUCCAGGCCUGGGUGGCUGACCGCCGCCUCCUCAUCUACAAGUACGUCCGCAAGCGUUACCGUGCCGACAAGAACCGUGGCAUCAUCAUUGAGACUGAGGGAGGGGCGGACGGAGGGCUAGGCAUGGAUGGUGGAGGAGGGGGAGGAGCGCUGGGUCCGGGUGGGUUCACCAAGAUGGACAUGCUGGAGCUGGAUGGACAGAUGGCGUUGAACUGUCACAGCGGGAUGGAUGGAGGGAUGAUGGAAGAGGGAGGACCGAAGGACGAGGAGGACGAGGCCAGGAGGGACAUGGCGAGGACGCUGAAGGAUCUGAAGCAGAGGCACCCGGACAAAGACAUGGAGCAGCUGAUUGAGAUGGCGAAUUAUCAGGUCCUGAUGCAGCAGCAGAAGAGCAGAGCGUUCUACCGUAUCCAAGCAACCAGGAUGAUGAUUGGAGCUGGCAACAUCCUCAAGAAGCACGCCGCCGACCAGGCUCGCAAGGUGGUGAGCAGCCAUGAGACCCAGGCCCAGGAGGACGACCCUCACACCACCAGGAUGGAGUUUGAACCCUGUUUGUAUCAGUGCUUCGAGAACUGUGGCUCCCUGAAACUGACCGUUGCCAGACAUGGAGGAGACCCUGGAGUUACUGUCAAGGUGGAUUAUCGCACAGAGGACGGUACAGCAAACGCAGGUUCAGAUUAUGAGUUUGCUGAGGGAACACUGCUGUUUAAGCCCGGGGAGACCCUGAAAGAGAUCACAGUUGGAGUGAUUGAUGACGACAUCUUCGAGGAGGAUGAGUAUUUCUACGUCCACCUCAGUAACCCUCGAGUGGUUGGUUAUCCAGAGAUUGGCACCGUCCCUCUGGAUGCUAGUGCCACCCCUAAAGCUGUUCUGGGUGACAACCACACAGCCACAGUGACCAUCUACGAUGACGAUCACGCAGGUAUCUUUACCUUUGAGAGUGCCAGUCAGAGGGUGAGUGAGAGCGUGGGUGUGAUGGAGGUGAAGGUGCUCAGGACUUCAGGAGCCCGAGGCCUGGUAGCCGUCCCUUAUCGAACCCUGGAUGGCACCGCCAAAGGAGGGGAGGACUACGAACUGGCUUCUGGCAAGCUUGAGUUUCAGAACGACGAGACUAUGAAGAUCAUCGAGGUGAAGAUUAUCGAUGAUGAAGAGUAUGAGAAGAACAAGACCUUCAUCAUCGAGCUGGGAGAGCCGGUUCUGUUGGAGAUAGGACAGAAACAUGGCGACUCCAAUGAGAACAAGCCGUUGGUGGGAGCAGAGGAGGAAGAGGUGGCUAAGAUGGGCUGUCCCAGUCUGGGUGAACACACACAAGUAGAAGUGAUCAUAGAAGAGUCCUACGAGUUUAAGAGUACAGUAGAUAAGCUGAUCAAGAAGACAAACCUGGCCUUGGUGGUGGGAAGCAGCAGCUGGAGGGAACAGUUUGUCAAUGCCGUUACUGUCAGUGCAGGAGAUGACGACGAGGAGGAGAGCGGCGAGGAGCGGCUGCCGUCCUGCUUCGACUACAUCAUGCACUUCCUCACCGUUUUCUGGAAGGUCCUGUUCGCUUUCGUCCCGCCAACAGAGUACUGGAACGGCUGGGCCUGCUUCAUCGUCUCAAUAUCGCUCAUCGGCGUCCUGACAGCGGUCACCGGCGAUCUGGCAUCUCACUUCGGCUGCACGAUAGGACUGAAGGACUCGGUGACCGCUGUGGUGUUUGUGGCGCUGGGAACAUCGGUGCCAGACACAUUCGCCAGCAAAGUCGCUGCCAUCCAGGACCAGUACGCCGACGCCUCCAUCGGCAACGUCACCGGCUCAAACGCCGUCAACGUCUUCCUGGGCAUCGGAGUGGCAUGGACCAUCGCAGCCAUCGCUUGGCGCACCGAGGGCAAGCCGUUCAAGGUGGACCCGGGAAACCUGGCCUUCUCUGUCACCCUCUUCACCAUCCUGGCCGUGGUUUGCGUGCUCACGCUGCUGUACCGGCGGCGGGCGACAGUGGCCGGCGGUGAGCUGGGCGGGCCGCGGACUUGCAAGAUGAUCACGUCGCUGAUGUUCGUCUCGCUGUGGCUGAUUUACAUCCUGCUGGCUUCACUGGAGGCCUACUGCCAUUUACCACAGUUUUAAAUGGAGAGGAGAGGGGAGGGAGAGAGACCCACUGCCAAUAUGAAGAGAGAGAGAGAGAGAA